CCGAUUAAGCAAUGAUGAUGAUGAUUUUGCUAUGUUAAGGAGGGACGAAGUGGCAGCCAUGUUUCUGCGGCAGCCGCCAUCAUUGUUAGACAGCGGUGUUGAUGUGAGCGCUGCCCAUGGCUGGGAGUCAGAGCAGAACAACUGCACUAUCUUAGCAGAGUGGAAUGCAAAUAGUCAGGACUACACACCAACUGAAGACGAUGAUUUUUUCCAGUUGGGAUUUCGCCCCCAAGAUGAAAUCACCACUGAGCUGUGAUUGGUCGUCUCGAAUCCUUCAUUUUAUUUGUGAAGUGCAAUAUUUUUUUAUCAAAAUUGAGCUGCAUUGGGGAUUAAAAAGAAUCUGUUUUCAUUACAUUUCAUUAUUGUUUAAGUAAUUCUCGGAGCUACCCUUAUCUCUUAGAAAUGAGCUUCUGUAGAAAUUCGAUUAGGUUUUGUCAAUUUAAGAAAUGCCUUGCUUGUGAAGUAUAAACUGAUGACUUAUUAAUGAUUAAGGGUUUUUCAAGAAGAAUUUUAGAGUAUUUUCUUUGGAGACUUGGAGUUUUCUCAUCAUUGGAACGUUCCUCGUUAAUGAAAAAGACUCAAACUCAAAUUUUUCUUCAGAAAAAUUGCUUCAUUGAUGUUACGGAGUAUCAAAAAAUUUUGGCCAGGAACUAUGGUCUGAAUCAAAGCAUGUUUUGCAGUUUUCUCUUCGGAAUUUGGUUUUGAAAAAAGUGCUUGCAACAGUUAGUGAAAAAAAUUAAACCCCAAUUUUGAUAUGAGCUGCUGCAAUCUCAAUUAUCACCUUUAAAUGAAAGAAAAAGAAAAAAAAAUUAAACAGAAUGAUGACAUAUUUCUUAUGGUUUACACACUUAUGCAGUGCAAUUGUCAGUUACUUACUUCAAAAUUAAUUUUUGUAGCAUUUGAUUUGCUUUACCGUUCUAAAUCUAAAUAUUUAAGAAGAAAUGUGCAUAGAAACUCCUCAAUUCAAAACUAGUUUCUUGGUCCAGCAUGAAGAAUUUCAGAGCAAAUAGAAUCUCUAGUCAAAAAGUCUUGAAUCUCAUGUUCACAAAAAUCGUUUGAAAACAGCUUCAUUUUAAGUGAGUAUUCUUUUAUCCUCUAAUUGUACAAUAAAACUAGACCUAGGUCUGAUCUAGAAGUAAAGUAGGUUUCAAGCAAUAGAAGAUCUUUUGGAUAAAUCAGAAUAUCCAAAUUUUCAUACACUUAUUUGUACAAAAUUAGCUUGAGUAGUGAUCCUUUUAAAUUCGCCUCAUAGUCCAGCAAACGAAACAUUUUAAAAAUUAAUUUACGGCUGUAGUCAGGUGUAAUCGAUUCAAAUGGGCCGGAUAGAAUACUUUCUUUAAAUAAUCAAUCUUCAAUCAAUUCUUGGAAAAUCAACUUUAACAUCUUUCAUAGAUGGAUUCUCGAGGUGUUUUUAUUUAUUUAUUUAUUUAUUUCUUUCUUUCUUUCUUCGCAUCUUUUGCCCCUCAUACUUCCUUCCCUCUAUCUGUAAAGAGUGAAGUUGUGUUGCCUCAAUGUAAUUCAACCUGAGUCUUAACCCAAUAAUUAAACUUCCUCUUGCAAUAGUAAGUCUUGGUGCCUACUUUACUUGAACUUAUUUUUCAUGUGAUUUCUGGACAGAGACAGUUAAUUCCAGAAUAUGCUGAAGUUAGAAACUGAUGCCCUUUUGUAUCGUAUAACAUAUCAAAAAUAUCUCUAAACAUCCAAGUCAGUGUUGAAGUGUUAUUGUCUUGAGUAGGUAAGUUGUGUGUUUGUGUGAGUGUGUGUCAGAAUGCACUUGAAUCUUUCGGCUGUACAUAUAAUAGCAAAGAUCUAUGCAAAUCUCAUUUUCAUAUUCUCUAUGUGUGGAGAUUUUUUUCCAAGAACUUAUGUAUCCACAAGCGCAAUGAUUGAUGCUGUCCAUUGUCUCUUUGAAUAGUCCCAUUAAGUAUUACUGAACCUACUUACCUAGUAUCCCAAUAGACUGUGUUAUUUCAACAUAUCACUUGCUUUCCUGGAAGAUUGGAAUGGAACACUAAGCUGUGAUGCCUGCAACUUAUGUUCCUUUUACCAAAAUUUAUUGCAACCACCGGAUUUUUCAUAACCAUACUGAUGUAUUAUUUUUAAGUGCUAUCUAAGAAAAGUACCAGGAAACAAUGCCCGUAUUAAAUGAUUGAACUUUGAACAAAGUGAGGAAGCAUGAAUGUCCAAAGAUGUGGAGGCAGCAUGAAUGACUCCUUGUUUUAUUCUUUGUAAUUACUUACUUUGACUGUCUAAUGAGGCUAUUAGAGAGUGGGCACAGAUUUAAUAAAUGCUGCUCAGCCAAUCUUGAAAUCCCUUUGUAACAUUUUUUUUACCGUCUAAAGAUUGUUGAUAAUGCUUGCCCAAGUUAUUUAUUUCUUGUUAUUUAUUAUUUUAGAAAUUGAGCAUCCAAGUAGUACUUCAUAGAUUGAUGUAAUUCAUUAUUGCAUGAAAACAAUAUUUCUAUUCUCGAAUUAAUUGACUUUGUCAAUGAAUGUUGAAGUGUCGUGUCGGUGCCUUGCCAAAUAAAAAGCGUUCAUCUUUUAGUUA